GGGGGGGGGGGGAACAACUAGUAGAAACACUGAAUUUUUUUAGGCAGGCAGCACCAGUAUUUUUAUUAUCAUUUUGUAUUACUAGGUUUAAACAAAACAGUUGUAAACAAUACAUUCUGUUUUAUAGUACAGGCAUCAUGUUCAUUUCAUGAUUCUCUUUGUAGUCUUGGUUUCUGAAUCCUGAAUUCUGAAGUUUUGUUGGUGUGUUAAAAUACAGUGUAACUGAAACCUUAUUGUGAAGACUGGAAUGAAGGCAAAUGAAUCUUCCAUCUUCUGYAGUUUGCUUGAAUGACAUUUUUCUCUCGGUGUAUAGUCUUAGUGAAGAAUUACCUUUUCUGAGCUGAAUUCAUUGUAGGGUUUUUUAACUUCUAAAAUUUUUAUUAUUUAUUUGAUAGACCUGAAAAUAAAGAUCUAAGACUGGAUAUCUAUCCUGGUGCCUUACUUAUACACCAUCUCUCUUACCCCCUUGAUAUGUGUGAGCUAAGCUGAAAAAUUCCAUGUGCUGUCAAUUUAAAGUAGAAGAUGUACAGCAUCUUGUGUAUUUUAGUUUCAUAUCUUYGGCAAAUACCCGUUUUCUAAAUAUGAAUCAGAAGUUUGUUUUGGUUAUCGAAUGCUGUCCGUCUUCCUUAUUUAACAAGUUAGUCUCCAAUGCCUGAGUUUACAAACUGAGGAAAAAUAAAAAUUCAGUUAAUAGCUGUUGUGGCUUCAUGAUGGUAUAUUAUUGAUCUCCUUUUAUUUUUGAACAACAGGCAUUAAUUCCUUAGGACACCAGAAUACCCUUCAAGCAUGAUGCUUUAGCCGUAUGCUUUGAUCUUACUUCAGCUUUGGCAGAAAAUCAUACACGUGGAAUUCUUGUAACCAGUUUCCAUGUUCCCAGAGYUUUACUAGUGUUUUAUUGCAGUGGUACAAGAUGUGGCCUACAUAAAGCACCCAGUGUGGACUCUGCAGUUGUGAAAUAGGCACUCACCUUAUAUKUCCUGCUCUUGCAUGUUUGGCUCUAGGCUCUCAGAAAGGAGCAAUCAGCUUUGUGUAGAAGUCCUGUUGCUUCUUUCUUGUUUUUCUGUUGUGUUUAUAUGUUCUAUGUUAUUACUCUGUGGAGAUCAUCAGGAGAAAUUUCCCCCUGACAUUGCCUUUUUUGUUUUUGCACUUUGCUGGAACGUGGAUAUGAAAAUACUGACAUACUGGCAAAAUGWGAACCAACCUAUGCUUCCUAUUUAAAAUUAUGAAGUAGAUGAACAUAUAUUGUUUGCUAAUCACAAGUAAUACUAUUAAUAUACUUGCAGCUCAGAAAAAGAAAAUUCAAAAUGAGAAAAUAUUUUUCUUCUUAAACUAGUUUAAAAACAAGUUUUUUCAAAUCUAGUAAACAUCAUCAUAGACAUUUUUUCAAUCYGAUGAAACUACAGCUUCUCAGACUCAUUUUGCAUCAAAAUAAUAUUUUCUUCAGCAGAAUGUAAUCCUGACAUACUUUGACUAGGGAAGGACAAUACAUAAAGACAGUUUUUUCCUCCUGUUCUUUUGUUUCAAACAUCUGCUGCUAGUAAGAAUUCUCAUCUCCUUGAGAUACCAAUAGUUCUUGAAUACAUUACCUGCAUCAAGCCACCUGGAACAUUCAUUUACAGUUCUGGAGAAUGAGAGUUGCUCUAAGCACAUCCUGUAAUAYUUAUAUGGUUCUGCAAAGUAGGUAAGUCAGCUUAUAGCAGAUCCUAGCAUGCAUAGGGGCAUACAUAAGUUAGGAAUAAUUUUGUUUAGAAUCAUUUUAUGGAAGAGAUCUGUAAGAGCUACUACAUCAAAGAAACAGGGUUUGUAGGGCAGUGUAUUUAGCUUGUUAAAUAUAUUGCUGAAGCAUCCAGGUUUUUGUGAAUUACUUUUUAAGUCAGGUCUGUCUUCUAUAAAAAUCAGAACCUAGGAAUUCARUAAAUAAUUUUGCAAUAUUAACAACUUCCAUUUUCCUUAAUACACUUGCAGUCUUUAUGCAUUUUCUUUGUCCAGACUAUAUGCAACAGUACAUAUUUUGAAUAUAGUUUAUGUAAAUAUAAAACAAAAUGAAAAGAAGAAAGAAAUAAAAAGUAAAGAAACACACAAAAACCCCUAACGCCCCCGAUCUCCCUAAAAAUAAUUAAAGGGGAAAGAGAAUGCAAGUGAAUGUUGCAAGAUACCUUCCUACAUCAUUGAAAGUCAUUCUUUGGUGCCAGGUUCAUUAUUUGUAAAGAAUCAUUCCUACUAUGUAAGUCUUCUGAAGUAGUUUUUUUUUAGCCUGUGGAACUUUGAAUUUCCACAUGRUUCCAGUUGGAAAUUGUAUCUAUCAUGAGACCUGAUGACGUUUUAAAAAUGCUUCUACAAAAUAGUCAGAAGUUACACUUUUAUUUUAGACCAGGUGAUCUUUACAAUGCUUUGAAAUUAUCUGUACCUAAAGUUGAUAACUGCUUUUAAAAUAAUGAAGCAGUUAAGUGACUUGUGAAUUAAAGGGUAUCCUUUAAAGUAUAGUCAUUUUGGUGUUUGAGACAUUCUUUAAAUAGCUAUUAGCCCUGAAUAAAAUAGCUGAGUAGCACAAAAAUGUCUACCUUUUUUAAAAGAAAAGAGUUACUGCGAACUGGGCAGGUGGUUUUGAAAGCCAAACUCCUGGCCCCAUAUUCACCAGUAAAGAAAAUGAAAAGCAACUUUCUAGAAAUAAUUUCUGGUAAUAGAAAUAUUUCUAGUAAUAGUGGUCUAAGGGAGGAGAUGUGAAACACCAACGAAUUUAGGAUAGGUUGAUAUGUCUUUGCCCAUCAUGUUUGCCAAAACACUUUAAGACCUUAUAUUGCUGUGAAGGAGUGUAGCUGCCUCUAUGUGAUGUAAUGAUGACAACCAUAUUUGUAGGAAAGCAMGAAUAAUAUCUUGCAAUAAAAUUUUUAAGUCUUUUCAAACAAAUUUGCUGUUUCUGAGAGUUGGUGGGUGUUUUUAUUUUUUUACAUUCAUGAGAACAUUAAUAAUAAUCUGAAAAAGAGCUUGGUAGGAUUUGGGAGCAAAUUACACAAACAAAAUGAGGUUUUGAUAGUCUCUUGGACUACUAAAAAAAGCAAAAAGACAAAAAAAAAUACCUCUCAGGAAGAUCAUGCCAUGUUGUAAGGCUGGGGAUGGAUGUAAAGCACCAAAGAAAAUCAAUUACUAGGUUUAUGGUAGGUUGUGGUAGAUGUGAUGAUUGGUUUCACGGUGAUUGUGUUGGACUGAGCCUUUCUCAAGCACAGCAGAUGGGUGAAGAAGAUAAAGAGUAUGUGUGUGUGAAAUGCUGUGCUGAGGAAGACAAAAAAAUGGAGUGUUUUGAUCAAAAUGUAUCAGAUACUCAAGUAAAACCUGAGAAUAAAGAAGAAAAAGCAAUUGAGUGUGAAAAACUGGGGAUGUCRAAGCAAACACCUACUUGUAAUCUAAAUAUGACUGAAAAAAUGAAGCAAACAGAGGAUGCUGGGAAGCACAAAGUCAAAAUCUUUAGACGGGAAUCUGGAGAUGGGAAGAACUUUCCAGAGUCCAGAGACUCAGAUGCUAAAAAAGGGCAGCAUGUUCCUGCUCGGAAAGGAUCACAGACUGCUGUAAUUCCUCGUCGGUCCCCUGAAGAUAAAAAUGAAAAAACAAGUAAAGAAUCCCUUAGUACAGUGGAAAGGGCCACAAAAUCAGGUAUGCAUGAGAAACAAGAUAUAAAGAAAAAGAAAAACGAGAAAGGAUCUGUUACCGCAACACACCUGCCAGCCGUGCCAGCUUCCAAACCUUCUGCUGAUCAGAUAAGACAAAGUGUUAAGCAGUCUCUUAAGGAAAUUCUAAUGAAAAGAUUGACAGACUCCAGUUUAAAGAUUCCUGAGGAGAGAGCAGCAAAAGUUGCCACAAGGAUUGAAAGAGAGCUGUUUUCUUUUUUCCGAGACACUGACGCAAAGUAUAAGAACAAAUACAGAAGUUUAAUGUUCAAUCUGAAAGACCCUAAAAAUAAUAUAUUAUUUAAGAAAGUACUGAAAGGAGAGGUUACUCCAGACCAUCUAAUAAAAAUGAGCCCAGAAGAACUGGCUUCCAAAGAACUGGCUGCUUGGAGACAGAGAGAAAAUAGACAUACAAUUGAAAUGAUUGAGAAAGAGCAGAGGGAGGUUGAAAGAAGACCUAUCACAAAAAUUACUCACAAAGGGGAAAUAGAAAUUGAAAGUGAGACACCAAUGAAAGAACAAGAGGAAGUAAUGGAAAUUCAGGAACCUAAUAUGAAGUUGUUUGAGAAGUCAGAAGAAGCUGACAAGGAUAAAGAAAUAAAUGAAUCUGCAUCUCCAGACACUACAAGUCAACAUAAAAAUCAUCUCUUCGAUCUAAACUGCAAAAUCUGCAUAGGCCGAAUGGCACCACCUACUGAUGAUCUCUCUGCGAAGAAGGUGAAAGUGUCCGUUGGGGUUGCACGGAAGCAGUCAGACAAUGAAGCAGAGAGCAUUGCAGAUGCUCUCUCCUCAACGUCAAGUAUUUUAGCUUCAGAAUUACUGGAAGAUGAUAAGCAAGACUCAUCAAAAUCAUUCACACCUCUCCCAAAGUCAGAAACACCUGGUACUGUGGAAUGUGAAAGUCUGUUUCUGGCACGCCUGAAUUUCAUCUGGAAGGGCUUUAUCAAUAUGCCUUCAGUAGCCAAGUUUGUUAUUAAGGCUUAUCCAGUUUCUGGCUCCUUUGAGUAUUUAACAGAGGAUUUACCUGAUAGUAUUCAAGUAGGUGGCAGGAUAUCCCCUCACACUGUCUGGGAUUAUGUAGAAAAGAUCAAAGCUUCAGGGACCAAGGAGAUCUGUGUGGUUCGCUUUACCCCAGUGACUGAAGAGGAUCAGAUCUCCUAUGCCUUGUUGUUUGCCUAUUUCAGCAGUAGAAAACGUUACGGUGUAGCGGCAAAUAAUAUGAAGCAAGUGAAAGAUUUGUACCUCAUCCCUUUAGGUUCCUCAGAUAAAGUCCCUCAUCAUCUUGUGCCUUUUGAUGGGCCUGGGAUUGAAAUACAUCGACCAAAUUUAUUACUGGGAUUGAUAAUUCGCCAGAAAAUGAAGAGGCAGAUUACAGCUGUUUCAAGUGUUACCAGUAGUUUUGCCGAUGAAGCUGCUGAAAGUACUUUGAGUAGCUUGCCACCAGAGAAGAAAAGCAAGCCAAGCAAACCUGAAGUCUCUCAUCAUGAUUUGGCGCUAGAAGAAGAGGAAGAAAAUAAUUUUUUUAAUUCCUUCACAACUGUGCUACACAAGCAGAGAAAUAAACCACAGCAGUCUAAUACAGAUGAUGCUCCAGCAGUUAUUGAACCAUUGGUGGAAAGUACCAAACAUGAACCACCAAAGCCUCUCAGGUUUCUUCCUGGAGUCCUGGUUGGAUGGGAGAAUCAGACUUCCACUCUGGAGCUAGCAAAUAAACCACUCCCAGUGGAUGAUAUUCUUCAAAGUCUCUUGGGUACGACAGGGCAGGUGUAUGAACACAGCCAGUCAGAAACAGGUCCUAAUGAAGACAUACCAUUAUUAAAUGAACAGGCAACCGUGAAAGAAGAAACCAUGGAUGUUGCUGAUGUAACUGCUGAAGUUAGUGAAGCAAAGACUGGUUUGGAUGAUCCUCAAGAAUCCACUAAUGCUGCUGUAACUGCGGAUGCAGCAGCUGUAGGGACCUCAAGUUCUGCAAAAAGUUCUGGUUCUUUGAUAGGUCUGAGUCUUAAGGGAAAACCUCCAGAUGUCUCCACAGAAGCAUUUUUAGCAAAUUUGUCUGCUCAGACACAGAAUAAAGAAACUGAAGAAAGUAAAGAAAAUGACCCAAAGCGACAGUUACCGGACAAGGAUAGUGUUGCACAGGAAGUUAGAAGGAGCACAAAUUCCAGCUUGUCUUCCUCAUCGAAUUCGGGGAAGAAACCCACUGAGAACAAUGUUAAUGUGGGCUCUGCUGAAGGUACCACUAAUACCUCUAAAUCACCACCAUUUAUUAACCUUAAAAGAGACCCACGACAGGCAGCUGGACGAAGCCAGCAGACUAAUAUUUCAGAAAACAAGGAUGGAGAUGUUAGCAGAAAUGAAGACCGACAGAAUGCUUCAGGAAAUGAUCAAGGAGAACCAGAGAAUAAACAGCCUUCUGGAGAAGGGGGCUUAAAUCUGUUUAAAAGUGAUGCACAAACCAAUGAGACGCAGAUCAGUUCAGCUGCAGCUAAGGCAGAUAAUAACACAGUUGCAUCACAGGCGGAAGAUGCCAAACACUCACAGGAAGAUGCACUGAUGCAAAACAUUGAAACAGUCAACUCAUUUAGAAGAGGACCAGCAGUGACUUCAUCUCAUUUUGAAACUGAAAACUCUUCUCGUUCUGAAUUUAUUUCCAAAGUCCCAAGCCCUAUUGCAAGUGGCAGCUUCUCGUCUGUUGGACCUCCGCAGCAGAAUUUUCAGCAUCCUAAAUCUAAUACACCUGGAUUUCAGUUUCAGGCUCCUGCACCUCAUAACUUCCCUCCACAAAACAACCCUAUGUUUGGAUUUCCUCCUCAUUUACCACCUCCGCUUCUUCCUCCUCCUGGCUUUGGUUUUCCUCAAAAUCCAAUGAUGCCAUGGCCACCAGUAGCUCAUUUAUCAGGUCAGCCACCUCACUAUGCUGGACCCAUUGCACAAGGGCUACCAGUGGCUCACAAACAAUCAAGAUUUAUGGGACCAGAAAAUUUUUUUCAGAGUAAAGACAGUAGGAGACCAGAAAGACGCCAUAGCGAUCCUUGGGGCAGAGAAGAACAGCAUUUGGAGCGAGGGUUCAGUAGAGGAAAAAAUGAUCGGCAGAGACUAUAUAGUGAAACCCAUCACCAAAAAAAAGACAGACAUGAAAAAGAGUGGAGCAAUGAAAAAUACUGGGAGCAAGAUUCUGAAAGAAACAGGCGCAGAGACAGAAGCCAGGAGAAGGACAGAGAGCGGAAGAGUAGAGAGGAAGGACAGAGAGACAAAGAAAGAGCACGAUCUCCGCACAGUGAUAGGGCUGCUGAUGGAAAAAGCCCCAGAGAGACUAGAAAUCCAGAAAAAAAGACAGAGAAGCCUAAAAGUGAAGAACAGGCUCAUGAAAAAGAUAAGGAGAGGGAGAAAAGCAAAGACAAGCAUAGAGAACGAGAAAGUGAAAAGAACAGAGAAAGACAUAGGGACCACAGUGACAGAACUAAAAGCAAAAGGUAAAAAGAUGCAGGCAGUCUUUUAAAAUCCUAUUUAAAUAAACUGUUAGAAUAAUAUCAUAAAACUUUGUAUGACAGAAAAAAAAAAAAGCCUGCUAGGAUUGUGCCAUCUUUUUUAUUCUGUGUUGGUGUUUUGCAGAAACAAGUCUGUGUUUUGGUACUAUACGAUGUACCAAUACUCAUCCUUUUUUUCAUUAUACCAACUAUCGCUAGAAGUAGGAGUUUAAUAUUUUUAAAAAUUUUACAUUGCUGUAUAUUCAGAAUUUUAAAGAUUUCUUUUAUUAAUAUGCAAUAAAGGCUUAGGAAUUUUCUUAGCUGAGGAAGUUGGCUUUAGUCAAGUCUGCAAUGUAGUUGCUGCCUUUGGUAAUUUGUGCUCUCUUCUGUUUUGAGAUGCUCUGAUAAUUUUGAAGGUGGUUUUCAUACAAUAACCUUGUUUUUAAAUUGCACUGUUUUUAAAGACCGCAGCAAAGCCUCAGAAUCCACACAUUGCUACAAAAUAUAAUAUGCUCGGUGGUGUGAAGAGUUUGAUUUUUAAAAAAAAUUAUUCAAUAGUACAAUAAAAAGUAUGUUUCGUGUAUUUCCUAAGCAUCUGAAGCAGUUUGUGACCAGAAAUUGGAAGGCUGAGCUGCUYGAAUGUUACUGCUUUAAACUGCACUUGUUUUAAUAAGAAAGCAUUUCUACCCUAAAUUGUUGAAAAUUAUUUGUAGUAGUAAAUCCAUUUCUCCCACCAUUUACCAUGCUUCAAAAAUUUGAAUACCUAAGCUUGUACAUUACUUUGUGUUUUGCUAUCCUUUUUACUGUAAAAUGUAAAUAUUUUAAGGGAUAUUUUGAUUCUAAAAUGAUAAAACUUUCUCACAUAUUGUGUGUGUUUGAUUUCAUAGGUGUGAAACUGUAGGCUAAAUGAAUAUAGAAGGCUGAGUCACAGAAUACCACAUUUGUUGUACACUUCAUGGCUCGGUUUGUUUUGAGUUUUGGAGAACAAAGAGGGGGGAGAAUGGCAGAAACGUUUGUAUCCUUGGGACUUCUGAUAAAUUGGUAUUUUGUGGACUACCAUCCACCAAUGCCAAACAACAUGCAAACAUGAAAACAAAUCACUAUUCUUAUACCUGUUAAAAUACACUGGGCAUUUUGUUGAGUCUGUUAGAAACAACAAAAAUAUUCCACUGUAUAAAGAAAAACUGAGGUUUAUUGUUCUGGUUUUCGAGCGUUUUGUUUUUCCACUUUGAGUACACAACUUAACUAUGCUGCUGACAGAGAAUUUUGCACUUUGCUGUAGAGAAGCCUCUUCUUUCUGAAAAGGUCUUCCCAGUUUAAUAACACCCUAGUUGUUAGAUUUAAUUAUAAUUAUAGUUUAAGGUAAAUUUUUCUAGCAAGUAGCUUCAUGGUCAAAUUGGCUAAAAUUAAAAAUCUUGCACUGGAUAAAGGAGGUGGUAGACUUUUUAAGUGAUGUUUCUUAGGCUGAUAGUUAAGAGGACUAAAAAAAAUCCUGAGUUAGUAACUAAAGGCAAUAUUCAAACAUCUUUAUAGCAUGAUAAAACCUAGUCUUUUCCAAAUGAAUUCCGUGGUCUGUAUAGCAGUAAUGCCACUGAAUAUAUCUGGUACUAUUACACAUGUCUUUUGUUGUUUAAAUAUUUACACCAGAGUUCUGUAGGCACAGAAGUACACCAAAGCAUUGUUCUUAUUUUUGGAGUAAGUUUUAAAUUGACAGCUCUACAUGUGAAUAUUCUCUUUUGAUCUGUUCAAAAUUCAUCUCUUCCAAGCCCACUCAUGAUCUGCCUCUCACAUGUGCAUCCAUCUCUGCUUUGAAAAUAAACCAGAAUCAGUGAAAAUUGCACCUGCCUGUAUAGAAGGGAUGGGARUGCUUUCUGCCAGAACUAGCAGAAAUAAUUUGUUUGGAAAGAAUAUGUUAACAUUUUUCAAGUUUGCUGAGUGCUUUGCUACCUGCCUUGUGUAUGUAAAACCUGAAGAGAGACAAAGUAAAACAGCUCUUGAGGGAGAGUUUUGUUAAGCGUUUAAAUUAACAAACAGCAACAAUGUCCAGGAUUUGUUCCUAGGAUCUCAGUUAGUGUAACGGGAAUAAAUCCUGCUACUACAGGAAUAAAGGAUUUUACUUCUCCAUUGCCUUCAGUCACUCUCCUUCCAACAUUUGUGUUAGCUGGAAGUGUUGUUGUUCCUUGUUUUACACUGAAUCAUUGCUYAGAUCACAAAAGGCAGCAUGGACUGCAGAAGAACUGGCAGUACAUCAGAAGUGCCAGCGAGAAUGGGAUAAACCUUAAAUAUACUCCCUUCUCCAGCAGCACAUGGCCAUAAAAGGCCCUACUUGGAGAAACUGGAAGAGGACAAUCCAGGGUCAGCUCAAAUGCCAGGUGGGCUUCAUGAGCUGCCUUUUGGGAAGGUGCAGAAGCUCUAUUGCAUUGGGCUGAUCACUUGAAGGCUCAGAGCAGCUGAAGAUAGAAUGAACCUCACAAAUAUGUUUGUGGAUGUUUAAUAAAACAUCUUGGGGUAGCUCCURUGCACUUUAGUUAUCUCAAAGUCACCUGUGACUGAUUUGGCAAUGCUUUCAUUUCUACACACUAAGUAUGGUGAUGUGGAAGCAAAUGUGUGUCACCUAGUUUUAGGUGCUUAUGGCCUUUGCUCCAUUACACACACCCAAUCAUCACUUCAUCUCCAUCCCCAAAUAGUUACUUGUUUCUGACARGUGCAUGCUGAAGACUUGCAUUCAGAGACUUUCCACGAAAGGAGGUGAUGGUUUAUUAUGUGCUUUUGAGCAGUAAUAAAGUGGAAAAGAAAAAGAUAGGAAUCAAUYAUUUUUAUUUAAUAAUUUUAUAGCAAGCCAGCAGUCAAAUGAGAAAUUUAGAUGCCAUCAUACAUCAUUGGUAUAAUCACAUUAAAAUAGAACUUGAUUUUUUUUUUAUUGCCUCCUAAAGCAGAUUAUAACACAUAUUUUUUGGGAAGGAAUUGAAUUUUUGUAUUUAUGUAUGAGAAGCUCUAUGUACUUUUGAGAUUAUAAAUUAAUCAAAGAUAUAUUUGCAGAAAUCCAGUUUACUAGGACCAAAACCUCUCUCUCAUAAAAUUUUGAAGUGUCUCUUAGGGGCAUAUAAGCCAGAAAGGUAUAGGUAAAGCAAAACAGUUCUUGGGCUUUCUAAUCUUUAAGCUCUUAAGAAGAAAAGGUACUUUUAGGCAGAACUGCUACAUUCCCAAAUUUCAGUUGUAAAUCGUUAAAGCCAAAAGUUUUCAUGUAUUAAAUAGGGGAGACCUCUGCUGGAGAAAACCAUGAGGCCUGUUUUCUCUCUAAAAUUAAAUGGUUUUUGCUCUUA